AAAUGUGGAUUUGGCUUUACAAGAUGGUGCUAAAAAUGUGGAGGUGUAUAUAGGUUAUGGCUUUCUGACUUUCUGUGGUUUCCAGGGAUUGUUGUUUUAGAGGAGCUUCUCUCUCAACAAAACAGAUAUACGCAAUGUUUCAAGUUGCAUUGUGGUCAAAGAGCACGGAAAAUAAAGUGAGAUUUCGAUGAAUUACGUCGAACUUUUGUUUGGGGAAACGUUGAAAUUUUUAGAACGACAGUGACAGGUGGCGAACUUACUCCGAACAAUUUGUCGAGUGUUAUGAAUACUACGAGAGGCUGUUCAAACUAAUUGCGAGCAAUCCGUAUAAAUUGGUAUUGAUUCGACAUUAUGGCAGAUCGUUUGACACAGUUGCAGGACACCAUAAACCAACAAGCGGAGCACUUCUGCAACAGCGUCGGUAUUCUCCAGCAGUAUUCUACGCCCAGUAAAUUUCCCGGUUUCGAUCGCAUCGGCACCCCGCAGCCGCAUCAAUCUCAAGAAGAUUACGCUGCGUUAUUUGCGAAUCUCAUUGCGAGGUGUGCCAAAGAUAUAGAUACGUUAAUAGAGAGCUUGCCGAGCGAAGAGUCGUCGCAAGAGCUGCAGGUGGCCAGUCUCAGCAGACUCGAGCAGGAGAAUCAGCAGGCUGGUGAGCAACUGGAGGAGGUAGUGAGACAGGGCGAGGCGCUUCUCCAGCGAAUCCAGGCGGCUCUACAGGACAUCGCACAAAGUCAGUUAGAUAUGCAAAAUCCUACGUCGACAACUGUGAUCAACAUGAAUCUUAGCAGUUCUAAUAUAAAACAAGAGAGCCUCAGUUCUAUAAACUCUGUGCCUUCAAAUAACACACAUCAGCUCUCAAAUCCCUCACCUAAUUCGAUAAAUCAAUGACACAUUUACGAUUUAUUGUAAUAGGAACUUAUUGUAAAGCAUUCUUACAGUCAGUAAAAUCAAAUCGGUAUAUCUCAAUUUCAUGUUUAAAAGGACUACAAUUAUUACUACAAUUUCUAAUUGUAUGACAAAUUUUAUUAUACAAAAAUAUCGCUCGAGAUGACAAUAAAUGGAGCAUUAGUUUGUCACAAUACUUUAAUAAAAUUACUUGUAAUUCUAACAAAGGUUUAAAUUCGAUAAUAUAUUAAAAUUAAAGUUUACAACAAUCAUGGAAGAAAAAAUAGCUUUGUUACUGUAAAGACUAGAAAAUAUCAUUUUAAUCAAUUUGUAUUUAUUUAGAACUACUUCUAGUAUUUUACAAUGUAUGUUACUUAUGUAUAAUUAUAAUGUAUAAGCGAAAGGAAGAAAAUAAAUAAUAGGAAUUUUUGAAACAGCAA